AUGGAGGCGUUCAUAUCGCGAAAGCGGCGCAAACUGUCGGCGGAUACUGUAGCAAAGACCAGGGUGGUUGAACUUGACGAGGCAGAGUCCACGGACUACAAGUUGGCCAUAUUGGAAUCACUACAUCCAGGCCAUUCGCAGGAGGUACUUCUGGACUAUCUGCUAGCAUAUGAUGGAUCGAUCGAGCGUGCUGGCGAAGCACUGCUAGAAUCCACAAGAGUCGUGUCGCCGCAGAAACGCCCAGCAGUAACUGGGUACCAGUCUUCCCUGGCCUCGUUUGCGAAGCAGCCCAUGGACGGUAGCGUAGCCACGACCUCGAAGAAGCAGAUGACCAAGAAAGGCAAGACUUUGCACUUGUAUGCACCAGAGGACGUAGAGACACAUACGCCAUGUUCUAUUGUCCACAACUUUCUGGACCCAGAUGUAGCAGCUGCUCUUCUGCGCGAGCUACUAGAUGAAGCGAAGCAAUUUAGGACAGAAACGUUCCAGCUCUUCGAGCGCACAGUAGAGAGCCCACACACUUUUCGAUUCUAUGUGGAUAGCUUGGACGAGGCAGAGGAGCAGAAGACGAAAUACAUGUACAAUGGAAGCUUGAUGGCCGACGUGGCGCAGACCACACCAGAAAUGCUCAAAGUCUCGAGAAUUGUGCGUGAAGCCGUGAACAAGGAGAUCGCUAGAAGGGUUCGCCGUUUCUAUGCUGAUGGCAAGAAGCUCAAAUUCCAAUCCUCGGACGACUGGCAGCCUAAUGCUUCCUUUGUGAACUGCUAUGAUGGAGGCAAGGAGAGUGUAGGCUAUCACUCAGACCAGCUCACAUACCUUGGCCCACGAGCUGUCAUCGGCAGUCUGUCUCUCGGUGUUGCCAGAGAGUUUCGAGUCCGUCAAAUCGUGCCUAAUGUCGAUGGUGCGGCAGCAGAUACACAAGGUCAGAUCGCCAUACAUCUACCGCACAACUCUCUCUUGGUCAUGCAUGCGGAGAUGCAAGAAGAAUGGAAGCACUCUGUUGCACCAGCGCAGACUGUCGAUGCGCAUCCAGUCGCUGGUAAUAAGCGUCUGAACGUUACAUACCGCUGCUACAAGGAAUACUUGCACCCGAAGUACACGCCGAAAUGCAAGUGUGGCGUUUCUGCUGUACUGAGAUGUGUGCAGAAGCGAGCCGCCACUCGAGGAAGGUAUAUGUGGAUGUGCCAUAGUAAUUACACUCCUGGUCAGACGGGAUGUUCUUAUUUUGACUGGGCGGCAUUUGAUGAGGAUGGAAAGCCACCAUGGGCGGAGGAUUACAGGACGAAUGUCAAUGUUCCUAAUUUCUGA